AUGGUCCCGUGCCGAGCCUUGUUCUCUGAUGCCUGGUGUACCAGCUGGUCUAGGAUGGCCCUGGCGGAGGCCCCCCUUGGUUCCCUUCUGCUGCUGGGGCUCAUGGCCCUCCAGGCCCACCCGUGUCCUUCCACGUGUCGCUGCUACAGCAUGACUGUGGAGUGUGGCUCUUUGGGCCUCAAAGAGAUCCCGGUCAGCAUCCACCCUUCCACCCAGACAGUUUUCCUGCAGGACAACGGCAUCACACAGAUCCACCAGCAAGACCUGGCCUCCCUUUCAGGCCUGCAGUACCUCUACAUGCAGAACAACACCAUCUCGGCCCUGGAGCCGGGGGCCUUCCGAAACCAGAACCGGCUGCUGGAACUGGCGCUUAACGGCAACCGUAUCCACCUCAUCAACAGCAGCAUCUUCAAGGGCUUGGAGCACCUGCGCGUCCUCUACCUGGCGGGCAACCAGAUCACCCGGCUCCCGGACUUCACCUUCUGCGACCUGGAGAGGCUGCAGGAGCUCCACUUACAGGAGAACAGCAUAGAGACGCUAGAGGACCAGGCCCUGGCUGGAUUGUCCUCGCUGGCCCUGCUUGACCUGAGCAAGAACAACCUGCGCACCAUCAGCCGGGUGGCCCUGCGGCCUGUCAUCAGUCUGCAAGUGCUGCGGCUGACAGAGAACCCCUGGCGAUGCGACUGCUCUCUGCACUGGCUGAGCACCUGGAUCAAAGACGAAGGGCAGCGGCUCUUGAGUCCUCUGGACAAGAAGAUCGUGUGCUCAGAGCCUCCCCGCCUGGCCUACCAAAGCCUGAUGGACGUCUCCGGCAACAGCUUGAUCUGUAUCCCGCCCGUCGUGCAAGUGGAGCCGCUCGAGAUGACGGCACGGCUGGGGGACGAGUUGCGCGUCUCCUGCCAGGCCUCCGGCUACCCGCAGCCCCUGGUGACGUGGCGUAAGGUGGCACACUGGCGCGCGGGGGGCUCCAAGGCCAGCAGCGGCCGCCUGCCAGGGGGAACCUUUGAGCUCAGCGAGCGCAGCGUGGGGGAGCGCUUUGAGCAGUCGGACACAGGCAGCGGGAUGCUCUUCCUCAACAACGUGACGGUGGCCCACGCCGGCAAAUACGAGUGCGAGGCCUCCAACCCCGGGGGUACGGCCCGGGUGCUCUUCCACCUCAUGGUCAACCUCUCGCAGCAGCAGCAGCAGCAGACGGCCCACGGUUACCCCGCCUCAGUGGACAUCAGCCAGGAGCCCCUCUACGACAUGGAGAGCAUGGACUUCAACGCCCUCAGCAUGGCCACGCAGACGGCCAUUGCCGUGGCCAUCUCCCUCUUGGCCUUGGUGGCCCUGCUUCUGGUCAUUAUGAUCUACCGGAAACACCGGAAGCGGAAAAAGGCCAAGCGGGAGGAGAACAUCCUGUACGUCAACGACUACUCGGACGGGCCCACCACCUUCGCCCAGCUGGAGGAGUACCGCGACGAGCGGGGCCACGAGAUGUUUGUCAUUGAUCGCAACAAGCCCCUCUUUGCCACCUACAAGGACCCCCAAGGCCUGGCGGGGGUCUUCCCUGAACAGCUGCAAGAUCAAGCCACCCAGACCCUGGAAGGGGAAGAAGACGGGCCCCCGGAAGCCAAUGAACUCUUCGUCAAUCAGGGACUGAUGUUCCAGCCUCAGAUUGCUUACGAAAUCCACUGCUGAAUGGUUGGUGGGGGAGAACCACGGGCAAGUGCCACGGGCAGCCUUAGAGUGGACGCUUCCUCCCCUCGUGGGGAGCAGCUGUAGCCUCCUAGACCUUUCACCUCCGUCCUGACAGGUCUGCUUUCUCUCUGAUCCCGGAGGAAUCCAUGAUGCUUUGGUGACUGUUAGUCCCCACAGGGCAAAGGGGGGGUAUUUUUAAGCCUCUCCCUGACACGCAAAGGGGAAGUCUCACCCCAGGUGUCUGCUGCUGGAGCAUAUCCUGCCCUCUCAGUACCUUCAUGCCUCGGGGUAAGUGCUUGAUUGCGCCCGUUGGAGCUUUCUGCAGAGACUGGAGCGCAGUUCACAGCCCGCCCGCCCACCCACCCCCUGCUAAAGCUCUACUCCGGUGGCAGAAGGCAUUAUGAGAUGCCAAGCUGAUGGUCGCUGUUGGAGAACAACAAGCUCUACCUGAAUUCAUCACAGUGGUCCAUCUGUUGGCCUUCCACCUUGCUGUGCAGUAGAAGCCUAGAGACUUGCUACUCCGUGAACGCAAGGGAAACCGCUCUCUAGGCAGGUAG